AUAAAAGCCUCCUCCCCAUUUCAACUUUUGUCACUAAAAGUUGAGAUUUUGAGUGGCGCCAGGCCUCUCUCUUCCUCAAUUUACUCAUUAUCUCCCCGUCCUCUGCCUCUUUCUACUCCACAUUGUCCAUUUCUCUAUAUAAACCCUCAUACCAAACGACCCCGGAGAGGGGUUUUGAGCAGAAGAAACACAAACACUCUCUCUUUCUCUCUCUAACUUUCAGUCAUGAAAGUAUCUCUGAGAUCUCUCGUCGCUCUCACUCUCUACGCCCUCCUCACUUCCCACAUUUCAGUUUUGGUCUCUGCCACUACAAUUACUCUCUACAACAAAUGCUCCCACCCCGUUUGGCCUGGCAUUCAGCCCAGCGCCGGUAAGCCAUUGCUGGCUCGCGGCGGGUUCAAGCUCCCACCCAACAAGGCCUACUCCCUCCGCCUUCCGGCGCUCUGGUCCGGACGCUUCUGGGGCCGCCACGGCUGCGCCUUCGACGCAUCUGGCCGUGGGAAGUGCGCUACAGGGGACUGCGGUGGUGCCCUGUUCUGCAAUGGCAUUGGAGGCACACCGCCAGCGACUCUCGCCGAGAUCACCCUUGGAAAUGACCAAGACUUCUAUGAUGUCAGCCUUGUGGACGGCUAUAACUUGGCCAUUUCCAUUACACCGUCCAAAGGCUCAGGGAAAUGUAGCUAUGCCGGGUGUGUGAGUGACCUGAACAUGAUGUGUCCUGUGGGUCUACAAGUUAGAUCUCACGAUAACAGGAGAGUGGUGGCCUGCAAAAGCGCUUGUUUUGCCUUCAAUUCGCCAAGGUAUUGCUGCACAGGCAGCUUUGGGAAUCCGCAGUCCUGCAAGCCAACUGCAUACUCUAAGAUUUUCAAGACCGCUUGCCCAAAGGCUUACUCUUAUGCUUAUGAUGAUCCCACCAGCAUUGCAACUUGCACUGGUGGCAACUAUUUGGUCACGUUUUGCCCUCAUCAUGGUUAGAUGCACUUUAAGCAAAACACUCUCACUUCUGAUCUCUCUUCCUCUCUAGAAUAUGAUACUUUUGAUAGGAGUUUAUGGGUCUUUCUCUGUAGUGGCUUUACUAGUGGAUUUAUAUAAUUAAUGCCAUAUUUUUAUCUCUAUCUUCUCUC